CGUGAACCCAACCCCGGCUGUCAAUAAAGUUUGUUCGAAAGGCCUGCGGGGGAGGAGGACUGACGCUUCCGCCUCCGAAGAGGCUGGGCCAGGUCCAGGGACGGGGCCGGGGGCCAGGGCGGCGGCUGGAUGAGAGGGAGGAUGGAGCCGGAGCCGGAUCUGGAGCUGCUGCUUCAGGAGGCCCGGGAGAGCAUCGAGGCGGCGCAGAGCUACCGGCGCGAACUGGGCCAGCGACUGCAGGGGCUGCAGGCAGCGCGGAGGCAGAUCAAAGAAAGCGCAUCACAGACGAGGGACGUCCUCAGGCAGCAUUUUAAUGAUCUCAAGGGAACCCUCAGGAAGCUCUUAGAUGAACGAUUAGUGUCCUUGUUGCAAGAAGUGGACGCCAUUGAGCAGGAGACCAUCAAGCCUCUAGAGGACUGCCAGAAGCUCAUUGAGCACGGAGUCAGCACUGCCGAAGAGCUUGUCCGAGAAGGUGAGACUGCCAUACUUGGUGGUGUAGGAGAAAAGAAUGAAAAACUAUGGAACUUUACCAAAAAGGCCUCGCACAUUCAAUUGGACAGCUUGCCAGAAGUGCCUCUGCUGGUUGAUGUACCAUGUUUAUCUGCUCAGCUGGAUGACUCAAUUCUCACUCUGGUCAAAGAUCAGAUUUUCAAUCAUGGCACAGUUGCAUCUCGACCACCAGUGCAGAUAGAAGAACUCAUAGAGAAGCCUGGAGGUAUCAUUGUACGAUGGUGUAAGGUUGACGAUGACUUUACAGCACAAGAUUACAGACUCCAGUUUCGUAAGAGUACAUCAAAUCAUUUUGAAGAUGUGUACGUUGGUUCUGAAACUGAGUUCAUAGUAUUACAUAUAGAUCCCAAUGUUGACUAUCAGUUCAGAGUCUGUGCCAGAGGGGAUGGUCGGCAGGAGUGGAGUCCCUGGAGUGUUCCACAGAUGGGCCAUUCUACAUUGGUGCCUCAUGAGUGGACAGCUGGCUUUGAGGGAUACAGCCUGAGCAGUCGAAGAAAUAUUGCACUCAGGAAUGAUUCCCAAGCAACAGGUGUUCUCUACUCCAGUGCUCCAACCUACUACUGUGGGCAGACGUUAACAUUCAGAGUUGAAACUGUGGGCCAGCCGGACCGGCGAGACAGUAUAGGAGUCUGUGUAGAAAAACAGAAUGGCUAUGACUCUCUGCAGCGAGAUCAAGCAGUGUGUAUUGGUACAAAUGGUGCUGUUUUUGUGAAUGGGAAGGAGAUGACCAAUCAGUUGCCAGCAGUUACCUCUGGGUCCACUGUCACAUUUGACAUGGAAGCAGUGACCCUGGUCACCACUAAUAAUAAUGAUGAUGCUGGGAACUUUAAACUGAGAGUAACCAUUAGCUCUAAUAAUAGGGAAGUGGUUUUUGACUGGUUACUUGAUCAAUCAUAUGUUUCUCUUUACUUUGGAUGCUCAUUUUUUUACCCUGGUUGGAAAGUAUUAGUGUUUUAGUCUUUUGAUGGAUUAGUAUCAGGUUGAAGGUUUUUAACGGAAAUAUCCUCGGCCAGGUUUAACCAAGCGACAAAGCCAGACUCAUCUCUCAAAUAAGCAGUUUAGAAAUUGAAUGUGUUUCUAACUGGAUUCAAUUUAAAAUAUAUGUAUUUUUUGGACAAAAGCAUAAUGCAAAUCAAGUUAAUUUUCCAAGUAUAUGGUAAGAAAAUACCACAUUAUGAUAAAAUUUAAAUGGAUUUCUAAGAAUAAAAUGUGGAGGGUUGGGGGUGGGUAAAAAAAGGGAAUUUCUAUAUAGCCUGUCCUGAAACCUUUUACUGUUUAUUAACUUUGUCUGGUUAUUAUAAUGAAAGAACUACAUUUAUAUGCCCUUACAAUUAAAUCUGCAUAUUUGAAUACCAAAGUUUUAUAAAAGCUUUCAGGCAUGAUGCGAUUGUAGCAGCAGUAGAUGGAAUAUAGGUUCUACAUUGUCUAUUAUGGUUCUUAUGAAUUGCAAAUGUGGAACAUUCCAAUUUUCUUUUUUUCUUUUUCUUUUUUUUUAACAGUCUGCUUUCUCUUCUUAUAUAGAUUUUAAUUUAUAACAAAAUGCCAACUAGAAAUCAAGGUCCUGUUUCUUAGCUUUCAUUAAACUCGCCAUUCUUCACCAGUGUGCCUUGUAUGUUCAGGGACUUUAAGAACAGUAUUGAAUUUUGUCAUUCAGCAAUAAUACUUAAGUCUUUAAAGCAUUUGACUUUCUGUAUUUUUUGUGUGUGCCUGAAGCAAAAAAAGCCUAUAAUAAUCUAACCAAAGUAUUUUCUUUUGCUCAAACUUUGUAGUGAAGUUUGAUAUAUUCUAGAGGUUGUUCACAGGGUAAAACUACUUACAGAAGUAGUACAGACAGUGUUAGCCAUAUUAUAUAUAUUGGUGUUCAUGUGUGCAUGUGUAUAUAUGGCAUAUGAUCUCUAGUACAGUUCAUCAGCUUGUUUGUCCUUUAAGGACCAACCAAACAGAAGAUAAUACUUGAUUUUGGGGGAUAACUUUACAUUUGUGUAAAAUAUUUAUUUUAAGGCCCUACUAUGUUAAAAUAAUGGUCUUAACUAGCUAUACCAACUUACAAAAAAAAUUUAAUGUGAAUUUUUUAUCAGUAGGAACAUGUUUGAAAAAACAAGUUUGAUAUUUUUGUAUAAUUUAUUUUGGGAUUUAGUUCCCUGUUUGACAAUCAUGACAUUGUCCCUUUGAUUUUUUUAUAUAUUAGCAGUCUUUCAUUUUGGUUUGUGGUACAGUUAAAAGGAUGUGGCAGAUGUAAAUGCCUUAUCUAUUAGUGCCAAACUUGAAUAAAAUAAAGUAUAAAUA